GUCAUAUCGAACAUGAGGGAACAUGAGGGUGCUACUGACUAGUUUCUUUUGGAUGACAAUUCCAGAUAUCUCACGGAGAAAUACUAUCCAUUACGACCAAAGUUGGCAGAAUCAAAAUUUUACUCAUCAAGUUUGUAAAGAAUAUGCUGUUCCUGAGGACAAAUUGGAGGAUUACAAUGAAGUUACUGCACAAGAUUUUGUUUUGUUCCCAGGAAUAUGGAGAGACAAGACACUAAGAGAACAUGAUGUGAUGCUGAGCAGUGUACUGAUUGAUUUGACUCAUGGGAGGUAUAUUCCUCUUCAAAGGUUAGUAUCCAUAUUUUAUUGAACUUCUCUCCAGCGUCCUUGAGCAUAGGUUGGCGAUUAUGGGAGUUAGCCAACAAAUGUUGAGGUGGUCUUCGUCGAAGAGUAAUAAAAAGCCAACAAAUGUUGAGGUUGAUCAUGGGACCGUGGUAGAAAACCACUUAUGGCUCCUUGCUCAGUUUUAUGGAGCUUUUGCCAGCACUAGUCAACUUCAGGUUUCUCGGCUACUUGUAUUUUUCAUUUUCAUUAUUUUUUUGUGUGACUACUUUCUUUUUAUUUUUAUCAACAAUUUAUGUUUCCUAUGUGUUACGUAAGGCAGAUUGGACCUAGCAGGUAAGAAUUUAUUUUCUUAAAAUUUUGCACCUUUUUCUUGUUUCUUAAAGAACUCUGUUAUCCAUUGUAGGUGAAUGUUUUGGUACACAAGUAUGAGAACUUCAAUGAUUAAGAAGAUUUGAAGGUUGUUCUUGGUACACAAGAUCAGGUGACAUGUUUUAGUUUGGUUACACUUUCAGCAUUUAAAUACAACUAAAUCUCCUGUCUAUUUGCUCAUGACACUCAGGUUGAUGGAAAGUAUUGGGAGUUAUGGUGAACGAAACAUGCUAUCGUGCCCAUGAAAUCUAAGUAAUACUCUUUAUAUUCUAUAUUAUUUUCUGAAUGAUGAGGUGCUCACAAUCAUAUUUUGGCUUUAUAGUUCUGUAAUUAGUAUUCUGUUACAGAAGACAAAUUGGAGAAUUGCAAGAUAUUUUGUGUUCCCAGGUGAAAUCUAUGCAUGUUCUUAGAACGUAACAUCUUUUUUGAAGUGUUCUGCAUUUUACUUUUUAUGGAGAUGUUGAUUAUAUAGGAAUAUGGAGUGGAUCUUUUUAUGAAGUGCAUUUUACUUUUUGUGAAGUGCUUCAAGGUAUGAAUCCUGUGUUACAAUAUAAGUGUUACGGUUCUGACCCUUGUUGAGUUUUCCUUUUCCAAUUUCACUCUCACUUUUGAAACCUCUGACAACACUUUCUCAUUUAUGACUCUGACAGUUAGAAGAAUGUGUGGGUAGAAGUCGCCAGUUCUAGAAUCAAGUUCUGCAAAGUUCUAUAUUUGGAUUUUGCUUCUUCUCCCUAAAAGUUUUUAUUUUGUUUUAUGGUUCAUACGUGCCCCUCUUCGAAUACUUGCUAUUUUUGGUUGUAAUAUAUUCUUGUUCUUUUUUCAGUGUCUCAUCGUGGGACUUCGACAAAUUUGGUGAUUCCGGUUUCAGGUCUGCGUACUCUUUACGUUUUCCUUUCCCAAUUUCACCUUCACUUCUGACAGCACUUGUUUUGUUUAGGAUUUUGAUUGUAAGCAGAAUUUCUUUGUUCGAGUUUACUCCGGAAAUAAUUGUUCGAGUUUUCAAUUGUUUGGUAAAUUUUUAAAUUCCUAUGUAGUGGAAAUCUGUUUAGAUGUUAUUAAAUAUUGACUUUCUUGUGAAAAACUCUUCCUGUCUUUUUCGUUUGUAUUAUGAUCACUCUCUCAC